AUGGCCAAUCCUCCGAGGCAUCUGAGACUGCCGUUCCUACGUCUACAACUCGCUGAAGCACAACCUACCUGUACUAACAAGUCUUGUCCAACCACUAAGCCGUGUACCACCCCACCCCUCGACACACAUGCCACUAAGCCGUGUACCGCCCCAUCCCUCGACACACAUGCCACUAAGCCGUGUACCGCCCCAUCCCUCGACACACAUGCCACUAAGCCGUGUACCGCCCCACCCCUCGACACACAUGCCACUAAGCCGUGUACCGCCCCAUCCCUCGACACACAUGCCACUAAGCCGUGUACCGCCCCACCCCUCGACACACAUGCCACUAAGCCGUGUACCGCCCCAUCCCUCGACACACAUGCCACUAAGCCGUGUACCGCCCCACCCCUCGACACACAUGCCACUAAGCCGUGUACCGCCCCACCCCUCGACACACAUGCCACUAAGCCGUGUACCGCCCCACCCCUCGACACACAUGCCACUAAGCCGUGUACCGCCCCACCCCUCGACACACAUGCCACUAAGCCGUGUACCGCCCCACCCCUCGACACACAUGCCACUAAGCCGUGUACCGCCCCAUCCCUCGACACACAUGCCACUAAGCCGUGUACCGCCCUACCCCUCGACACACAUGCCACUAAGCCGUGUACCACCCCACCCCUCGACACACAUGCCACUAAGCCGUGUACCCCCCCACCCCUCGACACACAUGUCACUAAGCCGUGUACCGCCCCACCCCUCGACACACAUGCCACUAAGCCGUGUACCGCCCCACCCCUCGACACACAUGCCACUAAGCCGUGUACCACCCCACCCCUCGACACACAUGCCACUAAGCCGUGUACCACCCCACCCCUCGACACACAUGCCACUAAGCCGUGUACCACCCCACCCCUCGACACACAUGCACGAGCGCAUAAAAUUAUGUCAGUGGCAUAUAACUACUAUAUGUGA